GGGUUGCGGGCUCAUUUGUUUUGCGCCGGCCUGCUGCCAGGGGCGCGUUGAAAGAAGGGGAAUGAAUGGGUGAACGAUGUGGACUGGUUCUCCUGACGCCGACCAUGUGCCUAAUCGUGGCGGCAACAAUAAUUCCGCAUCGGACACUGGUGGAGUUGUGGGUAGUCGGUCGGGCGACUGCUUCCUUCACACGACGACCGCGUCGUGCAAAUGUACGCCUACGCCUUCGCAGGACGCAAGAUUGGAAUGGGCGGUGUGCUUAUGUUUGCAAGCUUGUGUGACUUCGCAAGCCGUAAUGGGUGCUUGUGUGGCGGGCCCAGGGAGUGCGCGGAGCCACACUGCUGAGAAUGAACGUGGCAGGCAUAGGGGGGGGGCGUGUGGGUGCGUGGGCGCAUUUAAGAGAGAACUGCGGGCCUGGGCCACGUUGGCCUUCAGGUUCCUACUGACUUGCUGUGUAGGCGACUGCGGAAAGCGUGCAAGCCGGCAGUCGGGUAAAGCAUAGCGCUGUGCAUGUCAAGUCUGACGUGAAGCGGUCGGCAUGACGCGAAGCAAAGCAGGGGAACAGACUGGGCCUUGUAAAGGGAGGCCCGUGGUGCGUGCACGGCUGUAGAGCUUGUUGCGAAUCGGCACACACCGGCAACAUUGUGUGUGCCUGCAAGCAUUUUGAUCUUCAUUCUGGCAUUGUACUUCAUCAUUCACUGGAUGAGAAGAGCUCAAAAGUCAAGUGACGCAUACAAACAAGCAAAUGCGCAGUUGAGGCGGUGAGGGCUAGAGUGAGCAAGGCGGUGCGCCCGCCGCAUUUUAGAUAUCAUUGGUUUCGGGCGUCCGCUGAGCAACUCCUUCGCCGUUUGGGCACCGCGCAGGCUGUGGACGUGGCUGCGUCAGGUGUCCGUUGGCUCGCAGGGGAGGCUGUGGGUUGGACGACGCAGAUGGCCAGGGAAUGGCUGUGGGCAGGAGGUGCGAAUGCGGCGCAUGCCGCGAAGCACUUGUAGGCUGGCGGGAGGUAGCAGCAGCUCUGGCGGUGUGUAGAGUGUGUUUGGAGUUGGUGGGGUGGAUGGUUGUCGGUUGGUUGGGAGCAAGGUGGUAGCUUCUUCGCCAAUAGGUUACGCCGUACAUACUGCCUAACACUGCCUGUGUUGGGACAAGCGGUCCUGGCGGUCCUGGCAGACUGCUGGCCGCCUGGCAGCUACCUUGUACCUACUGCCGAUGGCGCCCGCCCUGAUAGCGGCAUCUGCACACGACAUGGGGUACGAAGUAAUGCGACAAGCAGUGUUGUUCAAAGCAGUGGUGCGGCUGUUGCACAUGGUCCGUUUGUGGGGGGGGGGGUUCUGGUCUUGUGACUGGGUGCUACGCGCAAGCACCCAGUCACAAGACCAUGCGCAAGCACGCGCCAUGCAGGAUACGGCUGCUCACACUCGGUGUAACAGGUUGUGCCGAAAGCUUGCGCCUUGCGCGAAGUUGAGGGCCGAGCCACGUUGUAUACGUCUGUUGUAGGUGUUGUUGGCGGUCGUGUAUGCCGAGGCUCUUACUCUUAGCGGUAAGACGACCGCGGUGUGAAGGCCGUUGGGGUAGCAGUUGACGCGGCACAAAUUCCAAGGUGGUGGCUGGUGCCUGGCGAACGGUAUGGUUGUAGUAUGUUAGUUUUGUUGGGUUGUGCGUGUUUGCUAGCGCUGUGGCAGGAUUGGACUGACAGCAAACAAACGAGGCGUGUGGCGGCGGAGGCGUAGUCGGGCGUUGCUGAGUAGUGUCGCAGAGGUUGGCACACUCGCACGCAAUGCAUGUGGAGAUUGUGGACAAAGGCAAGCAAUGGAUAUGUGAAUGCUCUUCUGCAUAUGCCAAAACUUUGCAUCCGUCGCUGGGAGAGACAGUGCGUUCCGCACCACAUCGAUUGAGGUGCUCCUGUGGCGAAGGAGAGGGGCCUGUGUGGCACAAGUAAGGAGUGCACACAGCCGGUGUCACAGCCAGAGAUAUGUGCUGGUUUGUUCGGCCUACGGAUGCCCUGUCGCCGCAUGCAAGCCAUUAGCAUUUGUUUAACAUUCCUUGUUUUAACACUAGGCGCGGCGAGGACACCGGGGUCAUAGAGACACUUUGCAUAGAGGUUUGCGCCGCCCGCCGCCAGGCCCAAUGCCGCUGCGGCUUUGUGCAGUGUGUGGCACUGGAGGCGAGUGCGUGGUGUGCCACUGCGCGGCAGUGGCGCCGCGGCGGCGCAAGCACCAAGAAAGUCCUUUCAUCUGGAGAGAAAUGGGCGUGUGUUUCAGCGUGGCAUAGCGCGGUGUGUGCUCGCUCGCAACCUUGCGCUGGCUGGGCAUCGGGUAGUUCCUGAUGAAGCCGAAGGUACGUACGGACAAAGCUGUGCACGAGGCUUUAAGAUGGAAGGCAACAAGGCGCAUUGGGCGUAGGUUGAGGCCCUGACGCCCGUUGGGCAACAGAGGAAGCAGUAUAAUAAAGCACCGGUCAUGAUAGGUGCGGUCGACGAGGGGCCGUGUUGCAGUGGUCCCGAAGGAAGGGUGCGACCGGGUUCUGUUAUGGCUGGGCAGGCGCCCUAAGCGACGAUUCAUGGCCACUUCAGACUAUACGUAAUAUACGCUGUAAUGCGCUUGUUGCUCAAGGGGUCUAUUUGUAUGAUGGAUGAUGGAGAGAAUCACGGCAACACGUUGCGCUGCUGUGUGUUGUGGUGUUAGGAAUGCGUAUGUGCGUCCGUUUGCCUUCUGGCACGUGUGGCGUGCUUAUGCCAUGCGUCGGUGUUCCGUGGCUUUCGCUGUUCAACAUUCCAGUUUAAAUGAACUGCUGUUGGUGUAGUUUCCGACGUGUAGGAUAUGAUUUUGGCGGUGCCCGGCUGUCACUUGCUCUCGUGGCAGGGCAGAGGCUGCACGGGUGUCCGUGUAUUAUUAUAGCAGGAGGAUUACGUGGUGCAUCAUUGAGAUGGGGGUGUGCACGUUUAAAGCAUUGCACAACGCACGUUACGGCCGCGUCGCACGAAAUGGGCUUGCACUUGCAAGCAGCAUUGCGCACCGAGCUGUAACGCAACGAAUGAUUGAGCAGGCGAGCAGACAAUUCCAGGUUUCUACAAGGACAGGAAUGCACGUCGUGCUCACCACCUUGUAACCACACACAACAA